AAAAUAAUAUAAGACCUGGAGUAUAGCCCUAGCCAAAAAUUAGUUAGGCAAUUAAACACUCCAUCUAGAAAUAACCGGCACCUUCUCGUUCAAAAAACACAAAACCAAAAAACCUCUGUUUUUUCCCAUACACUCGCACUCUCCUCACUCUCUGCAAAACCUAGUUCCCCCAUUUUCUCUCUCCUCUCCAACAAUGGCGGCGAUGAUGCAGCCCCAGAUCAUACUCCUCAAGGAAGGCACUGAUACUUCGCAAGGCAAAGCGCAGCUAAUUAGCAACAUCAACGCUUGCACUGGUAUCGCUGAUGUUGUUCGCACUACUCUAGGUCCUCGUGGUAUGGACAAACUCAUCCAUGACGAUAAAGGUAAUACCACCAUUUCUAAUGAUGGUGCUACAAUUAUGAAGCUUCUUGAUAUUAUUCAUCCUGCUGCUAAGAUCCUUGUCGAUAUCGCCCGUUCUCAAGAUUCUGAGGUUGGCGAUGGUACUACAACAGUUGUAUUACUAGCUGGUGAAUUUUUGAAGGAGGCAAAGCCUUUUGUUGAAGAUGGAGUCCAUCCACAGAAUUUGAUUCGAAGUUAUCGAAUUGCUUCCCAAUUGGCUAUUGAGAAGGUUAAAGACUUGGCUGUCAGUAUUGAAGGAAAGAGCUUAGAAGAAAAGAAAGGCUUAUUAGCUAAGUGUGCAGCGACAACACUCAGCUCAAAGCUUAUUGGCGGAGAAAAAGAUUUCUUUGCAAACAUGGUUGUUGAUGCGGUUCUUGCUGUUGGAGUUGAUGACAGGUUGAGCAUGAUUGGAAUUAAAAAGGUACCUGGAGGCAAUAUGCGAGAUUCAUUUCUUGUCAACGGUGUAGCAUUUAAGAAGACGUUUUCUUAUGCUGGUUUUGAACAACAGCCUAAGAAGUUUGUUUCACCUAAGAUACUUCUGUUGAACAUUGAGUUGGAACUGAAAUCUGAGAAAGAAAAUGCAGAGAUAAGGCUUUCAGAUCCAUCCCAAUAUCAGUCAAUUGUUGAUGCGGAAUGGAAUAUCAUUUAUGACAAAUUAGACAAAUGUGUGCGGACAGGUGCUAAAAUUGUUCUUUCACGGUUGGCAAUUGGAGACCUAGCAACACAGUAUUUUGCGGAUAGAGAUAUAUUCUGUGCUGGCCGUGUUGCUGAGGAAGAUCUACAACGUGUUGCUGCUGCAACUGGUGGAACUGUCCAAACAUCAGUCAACAAUAUAAUUGAUGAGGUUCUUGGAAUAUGUGAGAUAUUUGAGGAGAAGCAAGUUGGAAAUGAGAGGUUCAAUAUUUUCAGCGGAUGUCCUUCUGGUCAUACAGCCACCAUUGUUCUUCGUGGUGGAGCUGAUCAGUUCAUUGAAGAAGCUGAGCGCAGUCUGCACGAUGCUAUUAUGAUAGUUAGAAGAGCUGUUAAGAAUUCUACAGUGGUAGCUGGUGGUGGGGCCAUAGAUAUGGAAAUAAGCCGUCACCUAAGGCAGCAUGCCAGGACUAUAGCAGGAAAAUCUCAGCUUUUCAUAAACUCUUAUGCCAAAGCUUUGGAGGUAAUCCCAAGACAACUUUGUGACAAUGCUGGAUUUGAUGCGACAGAUGUGCUGAACAAAUUGAGACAGAAGCAUGCGCUUCCCUCUGGGGAGGGUGCUAAUUAUGGGGUGGACAUCAACACUGGAGGCAUAGCUGAUUCCUUUGCCAAUUUUGUUUGGGAGCCAGCAGUUGUUAAAAUUAAUGCAAUUAAUGCGGCUACAGAGGCAGCCUGUCUCGUCUUGAGUGUUGAUGAGACAGUGAAGAAUCCCAAGUCAGAGAGUGCUCAAGGUGAUGCUGCUGCUAUGGGAGGUAGAGGACGAGGUGCAGGUGGAUUCGGCGGUCGUGGACGAGGAAUGAGAAGGCGAUGAGCUUAAUCCAGGGGAUUGCGAUCACGUAGGAGUUAGCUGAAGUUUUGAUGUGAUGCCAUCCUGUCCGUACCAUGUGAAGUUAUCUGAGGAAGGGCAAUGUUCAAGCAUAUCCUGUUAAGGGGAAGACAAUUGCAUAUGGGCUAAACUAAUUGUGCUCUAGAAUGUCGGGUUUGUUUGAAUCAAAAUUGUGCUUCCCUCUGUAUUGUGCUUCUUAUCAGUGGCGCAAUUAAAUUCUAGUAUUACUGCUUGAUUUGAAUAUAAUGUUGAGGGUAUUGGGGAAGGUUUGAAAAUUUUGUUUGUGUAGGGAUCAGCCGGUUUGUCAUUAUUGGAACGCUCUGUUUUUUUUUGGGCAAUGCUUUAUGUAUGUUAACAUUUGCAACAUACUUCAUUUUAUACAUUUUAUUUUAGGCA